AUGUAUUGCUUCAAAUCCAGUACCAUAUUCGCAGUGCUAUCUUUGCUCUCUCAGGCCCUAUCAUCGAGUAGUCAGGAGCCUCUGGGCAUAAAAGAUUUUCAUACUCCGGAGCCAACAGCCAAAUGGGUUCAUCCUGGUGUCUUGGUUAGUCAGCCACAACUUGAUUUCAUUCGGUUAAAAUUAGCAGCAGAAGAAGAGCCAUGGACUGGUGCAUACAAGGCCAUGCUCGGGAGCAGGCUUCUUUCCCCUUUGCUCGAGCCUACUCCUUUUACAAAUGUUGUGUGUGGGCCGUUCUCAAAACCUAACAUUGGCUGUACAAACGAAACGCACGAUGCUCUAGCAGCAUAUGGAAAUGCUCUUGCUUGGGCUAUCAGCGGCAUAGAGACCUAUGCUCUUCAAUCCAUGAGAUUCAUGGAUGCAUGGUCGCAGACUCUUCAGAGCCAUAACUGUUCAAAUGCGCCUUUACAGUCAGGUUGGGCUGGCUCAGUAUGGCCGCGUGCUGGGGAGAUAAUUCGGCAUGCAACAGUAGGCGGUCAAAAUGCACCUUGGCCACCAGCUAGCAUUGCACGAUUUGAGUCUAUGCUGCGCGAUGUUUAUCUCCCACUCACUGCCAGAGGCUCUGAUUAUGAUUCGAACUGGGAACUUGUUAUGAUUGAGGCCUCCAUGGGGAUCUCUAUCUUUAUAGAUGACAAGUCAAACUACAACAAAGCGAUGGAAUUGUUUGCAGAGCGUGCUCCAGCCACGAUCUAUCUUACAUCGGACGGCUCAUAUCCCAAAACUGUUCAUUGUCCAAAUUGCAGCAAACACGAGAUUGAAACCUACUGGAGACAGUCGGUAUUCCAGUUGAAUGGUCAAGCCCAGGAGACAUGCCGCGACCUCGAACAUACAGGCUAUGGGCUCGCAUCUAUCUCACACAUUGCAGAAACAUCCCGGAUUCAAGGUGAAGACAUGUUCACUACAGAUAUUGGGCGCCGUCUAAUGUAUGCUCUUGAGCUUCACACCGAUUUCGAGGACGGUAGAGCAGCACCGUGCUGGUUGUGUAAUGGAACUCUAGAGGGUGUUUUGAGUCCUAUCACCGAGGUUGGAUACAAUGCUCUGCAUACCCGGUUGGGAUAUGACAUGCCAAAAACAGGAAAGUAUACGAUAAAGAAUAGGCCGGUCGCUCAUAAUGGCUUAUUUGUUGGAUUUGAAACUUUGACUCACGCAUCAAACCCGAGAUGA